CAUAGUGAGGCCUUGUCUCAAAAAAUAAAUUUAAAAAAAAGUUUUUGGACACAGGGUCACUCUAAAUUUCCCAGUUUGAACUUUUGAUCCUCUUGCCUCAGUCUCCAGCGUGCUGGGGUUACAGGCUUGUACCAGGAUGAUUGCCUUAUAACUUAAUGUUAAGAUUUGAAGGGGUAAAUGUAGACAGGUAAAUUGGAGAGGCAGAGGUGUAGUUUUUGAAGCAAAGUUUAAGUGAAAAACAAAGCUUCCAAGCAUUCACUCAUUCAUCAGGCACUGUUUCAAGACAGUUGUAUAGAUUCAUUCCAUUCUUUUAGUAACCGUAUGAAGGAUGGACUAUUACUAACCCCAUUUUACAGAUCAGGAAAUGGAAGCCCUGAACAGUCACUAACUUUUCCAGAAGUCACAGGGCUCAACUAUGCCCAAGCUUUGAACUUGGGUAGUCUAGCUCCAGAGGCUAGCUCUGAAUAGAGACUAAAGUAAUAAUGAUUCUCCAGGAAUGAAGUCCAUGGUUGGAGAUAAGGUAAGUCUGCACUGUGCUCCACUUCGAGCCUCAUCUCUUAUCUCCAGGCAGUGCGCCAAUAACCUUUUAAACCAAUCAGCAUUCAAGGAGGAGGCGGGCCUAGGAGACUUCACAGCCAAUUGGUGGACAGGUAGUGCCAAGGUCAAGAGACUGGAAAGGGUAGAGCUAUAACCGGCACUCUGGGGACCUCGCGCCUCUGUUCAGAACGUGCAAGUCAAAGGGCGUGGCGGGGGCAUGCGCAUGCGUGUAGUGCGCAUGCGUAUAGCGCGCCCACCUCCUGGCGAGAGCGCCCAGCAGCUUCGAGGCUAGCGUAGUCGCGGAAAAAAAGCCAUUGCUUCCCACACCCACGUGGAGUAAGACACAAUGGACCCCUGGAGGCCAGCCCGUCAGCCUUGCCAGCAGCCUGAGAAACCUAGCCGUGUACGUCGUCGGAAGACUAGGCGAGAGCGGAAUGAAGCCCUGGUGGGCAGCCGCCGGCCACUGGCCCAUCAGGAUCCUCCUAUGUCCAGGCAGGACCUACCUGUUGCCCUCCAAGAUCCUGUGGUCCCUGCUGCCUCCAAGCUUGUGGUCAUAACCCAGGGCCGGCUGAGCCGGGAGCACCGGGGUCUUUUCAACCAUGAGGUGAAAUCCCUGGAUGUGGCCCGGCUGCUUGACAGUGGGUCCCUGGAGCUAAGCACUCCCCGGCUCCCCACUAAGCCUUCCUCUAGCCCACCCAGGAUUCAAGAGCCAGUCUUACAGUCAAGGGGCAAGGAGAACCAGGUUCCUGGGGGCUCAGGCCCAGGCCCACCUAAUUCUCCAGAACUCCCUGGCUUGGGGCAACUUCUAGGAGAGCUGCAAUGCCAACUGAUUUUGCCAGAGGCCUUCCCCGGGAGGAACCUGGUGCAGGAAGCCAGGAAUGCCAUCAUAGGAACCUUACAGGCCCUCCAUGGCUGUGUGCCUGAUCUUGCCCUGGUGCUCCAAGGCUGCCAGUCGCCAUUGCCAGGAACCAAAUCUGAGGUUCCUGAGAGACAAAGAAUGACACCUACCUGGAUCAACAGGCCUGAACAGGCCCCAAGAGAAGGGAGGCAGAGGAAGCAACAGGGGACAAAGGACUGCUUUACUGUGCCUCAUACGUCCAGCACUCCCACUUCACACAGGAUGAACCUGGCGCCACCAAGAGGUCCUUGGCCACCCUCUUUGUCCUUGUUGCCUUCACCUUCUGGGGCAGCAUGGGGUCCCCCCACAGCCUUUGACCUACUAAAAAGCAUUUGGCUUGUAGGCACACCACCUCCUCCGCGCCACUGGUGUGUCAGCCAACCUCAGCCCCUGCCUUACCCAUCACCUUUGUUGCCCCGAACUUCUGACCUGGACUGGAGCCCCAGCUCCCCUGCCCCACUGCCCAGUCUCUCCUGGGUAGUAGCUCAGAGCAGUCCAGAAGCCUGGUCCUUUCCACCCAUGAGACUGUACUGAGGGGGCUGAGGCUGUGUCUGGGGCAGGGUAUCCUCAUACCCAGUCACCUCAAUAAAUUUCUUUUUCCUUGGUCCUUUUGGUUUUCAGUGAGUUAGAUGACCCAGGAAAGUACCUUUCAUUAGCUCUGAGUUCUAAGACCAAAAUGAAGGACAAGGCACUAUCACUUGUUCCCUUCCUGGGGCCAGAGGGGCCAAUAGGAUGUUGAAACUUGGGACCUCAGUUAGUCCAACACAUCCACCCACAUUGGCCAGCUAGAUGUCUGACACUGAGCUUUAGCCAUACAGGGGCCGAGACUGAGUGAACCCGGGCCCUUAGGAGACACCUAGUCUAGUGGUGGGGGAAUCCCAGCUCCCAGCUGCUUCUGGGAGAAAGAUGCAGAGGCUAGGGAGUCCAAGAAACAAGAUACAGCUGCAUAGAAGAGCAGGCACAGGUCCUGUACUUUAAAUUGUUUUUAUUUUUGUUUGAGACAGGGUUUGCUAUAUAGUCCAGGAUGGCCUGGAACUCACAGUGAGCCUCCUGUCUAAACCUUCCAAGUGCUAGGAUUACAAGCAUAUACCCAUUCCUGGCUUGUAUUUUUAAAGAUUGGUAGAAACUUGGUAGUUGGUGGGAAAGAAGGAACAUUUACAGCAAAGAGAACAUGGCAGGACCUGCAAGAGGGCAGAGAUGGAGGGGUUGAGAAGGGCAUGACUAUUUUUAUUUAGCUCCUGUACUUAGAUCACUCUGGAACCUAGUCAGUCCAUUUGGUUUCCCUUUGAAGAGCUCCUGGUCUGGGAUCACAGGGAACAGAGUAAAUUACAUGAUCAGGUACGAGUGGCAGAUCAGGGCUGAAUUUAGCCCACAGACAUUUUCUCCCACCUAAAAUAUAAAUAGCUUCAAACAUACUACAGUCUUCUUUUUUUUUUCAGUCUUUUUUUUUUUUUUUUUUUUAAAUCGGUACCAGGGAUCGGACUCACGACUGCCUGCUUGCAAGGCAGGCCCUUAUGCACUUGAGCUAAAUCCCCAGCCCCCAGCCUUCAUUUUUGUUACCAAGUUCAGCUGCCUGGUUAAAAAAGUUUUUCUUUUUAAAUUAUUAUUAUUUGUUUCUUUGUUUUUUUGAGACAGAGUUUCACAGUGUAGUUCAGGUUGGCCUUGAAUUUACUAUGGAAUCCAGGCCGGCUUUGUACUUGCAGGAGUCCUGCCUCAGCCUUCCAAGCGUUGUGUGUUACCACACCCAAUUACUCUUCAGUUUUGAGACAGGGUCUUGCUAAAUUGUUGGGACUGGGCUUGAAAUUUUGAUCUCUGAUCUCUGCCUUCUGAGUGCUGGGAUUACAGGCAGUAUGUCUUAACACCUGGUUUCAGAAUACCAUUUUAAAGUCAGGAGUGGUGGCACACAACUGUAAUCCCAGCACUCUGGGAGACUAAGGCAGGAGGAUCAAUUGAGCCCAGGAAUUUGAGACCUGUCUGGGCAAAACAGUCAGUCCUUAUUUCAAACUAAAUAAAUAAACUUUUAAUAUAUAAUAAAAAUAACACAUAUAUGUAUAUAUAUAAGUAUGUAAAAAUAAUUUAUACUACUGUUUUCUCUGAGUUUACUGAAGAGAAUGAUGUGCUGGUGUUGUACAUACAAUUGAAUGCAGAUGUCUUGUGCUCUGAGGUGAUUUGCAGAUGACAAUGCAUGAUACAUGUACCAUUGUUGCCCCCUGAUUGAUGUGCUGUGAAAUUUUGUAUUUUUCUUUUUUUUCCUUUAAAAUAAAAUGGAGCUGGUUGUGGUGGUGCA